AUGUGGGGAUUUGGAGGAAGGUACUAUUGGGGAAGAAAUGAGAGAGGAAAAAUCGAAGGGAUAGUUGUGGUUUUCGCAUGGAUGUCGAGUCAAGAGAAGCACCUGAAGAGCUACGUUGAGCUUUACUCUUCUCUUGGUUGGAAUUCCCUCAUCUUCCAUUCCCAAUUUCUCAAUCUAUUCUUCCCUGACAAAGCUUCAUCAUUGGCAAUAGAAAUCCUCAAUGAGCUUGUUAAGGAGCUUACAGUUAGGCCGUGUCCUGUUGUCUUCGCUUCUUUUUCCGGUGGCCCAAAAGCUUGCAUGUACAAGGUUCUUCAGAUAAUUGAUGGCAAGUGCGAGGCACAAGUCAAUCUAGAUGAGUACCGACUGGUUAGAGACUGUGUAUCUGGCCAUAUCUACGAUUCUACGCCAGUAGAUUUUACUAGUGAUCUGGGUACUCGAUUCGUUCUUCACCCAACAGUUCUCAAAAUGUCCCGUCCUCCACUUUUAGCAUCAUGGAUUGCAAAUGGCAUUUCUUUGAGUCUGGAUGCCCUCUUUCUUAGCAGAUUCGAAUCACAGCGGGCUGAAUACUGGCAGACUCUAUACUCUUCCAUUAGCUUGGGGGCUCCCUAUCUCCUGUUGUGUUCAGAAGAUGAUGAUCUUGCUCCCUGUCAAAUUAUUUGCAAUUUUGCUCAACGAUUGCAAGACCUUGGGGGAGAUGUUAAACUGGUGAAAUGGAAAAGCUCUCCUCAUGUUGGUCAUUAUCGACACUAUCCAAUUGACUACAAGGUUGCUGUGACUGAGCUACUUGGAAAGGCUGCGGUAAUUUAUUCCCGAAGAAUAAGACAACUUGAAGGGGAGAAGAUGGGCUUGGAGGGGACGCAUGAUGAGAUCUUGGAACCACUGAACAAUCUGAGGAAAGUAGCAGCAAGCUCAAAUCAGAGCUUUCAGAGAGUUGCUCUUGAGUUGAAUGACCACUUCUUUGUGCCCAGUUCCGUGGAAUAUCGCGAGGGUAGAGAUGGUGGAUCGGUGCAGGAUGAACGUAAUGAGCACAUCAUUCCUCUAUCCAGCCCACCUAGCAUCAACCCUCAUGGGGUACUUGGUCAAAUGCUCUUUGACGUCUGUGUUCCAAAAAAUGUUGAAGAUUGGGAUGUAAAAUCAUCCUCCUCCUUGAGAAGAUCACCAUUCCUUUCUGCAAGAAGCCAUUCAUCUUUCAAUCCCAUUAAAUGCAUUCGUCGCUCAAGACUAUAA